CUUAUAGUUUACUAGACACACAUAGAUGUAAAUGAUAGUUUAAAAGUUUCGAGAAGGAUUUGCCGUUUCACUGUGCCAUUACUUGUUGGAAAAGGAUUCUCUACUGUGAAGACUGAACCAUUUUAAGAAAUAAUAAUGGCGUCGUCAAUGACUGAAAUAGUUACGUCACCUGUUGCAAAGCAUAGAAAAAGUGCUUUUGGAUUUGAACCGUCUUAUGAAAAGAGAUGGGACAGCGUCAUGCAAUUGCAGACGUCACAAAAGAAAACGCCGCAUAGGUACCAACAAUCACCCGUCUUCUCACGAAAAGUGCAUUCUUGUCCUUCGGAGAAAAUUGAACCAAAGCAUCAUCACCACCGUAGGCGCCAUCAUACAGAUUCACGACGUCAUCAUACAGAAUCACGGCGCCAUCAUGCUGUAUCUGAGAGCGAUAAAUCUGAUGUGACUUGCGAUGAACGCGUACAUUUACUUUCAAGUUUGCCGUGGCGAAAGUCGACUGACAGCGACAGCUCGAGCAAUUCUUCAAAUGACGAUCUCUCAUCAGGGAGGAAUUUUGGAGGGUAUUCCCCUUUUUUCUCUCGUAGACUAGAUGAUAAUCUGGAGAGGGAACGCACUCGCAGCGUUUCUGCAACGUCGAAACCUCUUUUUCUCAGGCGAGGGAAGCAGAGAGCUCGAUCACAAGGAUCCUCCCCAAUCCCACAAAGAAAAUAUGAGCCGGGAAUUCCCCCAAUUUCUCUUGCCAUUCCAAACUAUGCAAAUCAGGGAAAUUCCCACAUGUCAUAUAAAACAACAAUGCAUAUAGAAAACCAAAAAGCAUCAGCUUCCUCCCCGGGUCACGUCCUUAGCCCCAUUGAAGACCCCGUUACCCCGCAAGCUGGGACAACCGAGUUUAUCACUGUGCCAAUGGUUCAUGUCACCGGAGAACAUUUAACGGAAAACCAUGUCCAUCAUUCAACACUAGUUGGAGCUAAUAAUCCGACUGGUUUCUUACAAGUACCACCACUAGAUGGAUCAGGGAGUCAUGCUACGCACAGCCCGCAUACUUUGCGUAAAUUCCUCGGACUGCAAACAGAAGAAAUUCCUCCCACAGGUCUGACAGAAACAGAUAUCUUACAAUCUCGUCUCUUAUCUCGACGAUUCUCUUCCAGUAGCGAGUCCAGCACUAGCACUCUGACAUGAGUGGUGCAAUGAGUCAAGUUUUAUAUAAAACAGAGGUGCAAGGAGUGAAAGAAUGUACAAAAUAAACUGUAAAAACUUGCUUCUGAGCAAAAAAGACGAAAACUCUUCCGACUCCACCAUCAAGUCCAUGGACCGGACCGGAUGGUAACCAGACAAGAGGCUGUGGGUUGCCGUAUGACUAAGCCAUCAUAUCAGCUUUCCUCUCCCACAGGAUAAAAAUGAAAACUUUUCAUUUCAAUGACAAUUAUUUACUGUUCAUGGCUUCCUCCGUCAUAAUAAUGUCCAUACAUCCCCAAAACACUGGUUAACUAAUCCAAUACCUGGGGUAGACUGGUAACCGGACAGGAGGCGUUGUUCGCCAUACGAUCGGGUCGUCUUAUCAGCUUUCCUCUUACCCGAGUGAAUUUAAAUUUUAUUUUUCUAUAAUGACGAUUAAAUACAUUGCAAAUGUCAAAUUAAUUAAAUUAAUUAAUAAUCUGCAUUAUUUUAUGAUUUUUCUGUGGAGUUCAAGAUUUUCAUAUUUGAAUCUUUGUUGGGUCAAAUUUUCAUGAAUUAACCCUCCUGCCCUCUGUCUUCUAAACAGACUGCCCCACCUAGUGCCUUUUUCUUUAUUUUUCAUGAAUAAUAAACUCUUCUUCUACGAAUGUUCCUUGUUAUCUGGUUUUAUCUAAAAUUAAUUUAAUAUUUAAAUGGUUCCCAAAAUGGUCAGACGGUACAGGUUUGUUGAUUUCUUGGUCAAAAAACUCAUAUAGAUCGUUUUAUUGAAGUUGUUGUUGGAAAAAAAUCACUUUUUCUGCUACUAACAGACCCAAAGAUUUCAUUUUUUCAAAUAUUGUAAGAAGUCGUUGAAAGGCUAUUACUUCAUUUUUUUUGCCAAUUUCUUUCUAGUUUCCCAGGCCUGUUAUUUCACCCAAUAUUUUGCUGUCAUAUUUUUCUGUAUGGGAACACAUUUUAUGUGACAUGAGAACAUUAAAUAUGACAUCCAACAGAGUAUCUAUACAUUAUUCUUCAUGAUGAUAUUUAACUGUGUAAAACGGUCGAGGGAGUUAUUCUAUGUUCCGGAUAUAUUUGAGCAUUGCUCACUUGUGCUUUACUUUAUUGAUUUCCAAGGUGCUAUAUUGUGCUAUUAUUGCACUGUGCGCUGGUUUUUGU